AUAAAUAUAUAAUUGGAAAUAAACAACUUAUCGUUUAUUACCGGUUAUCCCGUUUAUCAAACAUUUUACUGAUCUUUGAAGCUGAAUGUUCGAACAUUUGCUUUCAUACCAAACAAAUUACAGACAAAAACAACUGUUCGAACAUAAAUUAAAUUUUAUAUCAUCGUUCAAAUGUAUUUUGAACUGUUAACCGUUGUAGUACUUAAAAUGAGCUUCCUGGAGAAUUCACACAACAAUUUACUGUUUUACAGAUAGAUCAGAUAUUUUUUACCCCAUCCACACCUCAAAAUGUGUCAACAAACUAGCGUGGCAUUUACUCUUUAUCUGGAAAACAAUCAUUUUAAAGCGUAACAGACUGGUCUCUGACAGUAAGAUGACUGAGUAUUAACUUACUAUAAAAACACGCGUACAUGCAGUCUUAAACUAAGAAGAAUGGUUAAAAUCCAAUGAGUAUCCACAUUUGUUUUGCUAACACAUUUGACGUUCCAAAUUUUCAUUCUUUAAAUAGCUGCGUAGUAAUUUGGUUAUGUAUUCAUGCCCAUCUUAAAAUAAAAAGUGUUUUCAUUAUUUUUUUAAAAACAUAUGUGCACUUAUAAUACUUCAUUGUUUACUGUUCAUAAAGUUUUGCAAUAAAAAACGAGCGAAUAUGAGAAGCUAUAAGAAUGAAUAGCAGAGAACUAUUUCUCAGCAAACCGAAAGUAGAAAAGUUGACAGCUAUAAUUAUGCAUGAGGGGCGCCCCACGGGUAGCGGCGUAAAGCCCACCCUUUUCAAAAAAGGGGGUAAUUCAGAAAUAAUUAAAAAACAAAUAAAACUCCAAAAAUAAGCAUAAAAGAAACAGAAAAUUUGUUUAUUUCAGUGUAAGAUCGUAUUUAAUUUCACUCGUGAUCAUAAAAAAACUACAUUUUCAUAAAAUAUGUUUUUCUAUGACACUCGUGAAAUAAAAUACGAUCUUACACUGAAAUAAACAAAUAUCCUCUAUAUAUUACCACUUAAUUAUAUAUGUAUAUUUUUUAUUUGAUUAUAACACAUUCACAAUAAACAAUAACCUUUACUUAAAAUAAAUCUAUUUUUGUAAACAGACGCAGUUGUAUUCAAGUGCAUUUAUUAUAUAUGUGAAGCUUUGAUGCACUCGGCUCAUAGCUUCGAUAUUACAUAAUUAUGCUCUUCACCAGAGAGUUUACACCGCGUACUUGUGUUAUGUAAGAAAUGGAUUGUACAGUUUUGAUUUUAAUUAGGUGGUAGAGGUAGGAUUAUGUUAUUCUAUGGGAUUCACCAGAGAGUUUACACCGCGUACUUGUGUAAUGUAAGAAACGGAUUGUACAGUUUUAAUUUUAAUUAGGUGGUAGAGGUAGGAUUAUGUUAUUCUAUGGGAUUGAACAUUUCAAUAUUAAUGGGCUGGAGGACAUUCCUGAAAUGAUAUCAUUGACGAUAGUGAGUGAGUGGACUUUGACUGCAAGAGUUUAAACUUCUGUUUUUAGUGCAGAGUCUGUUAACCUCCCAAAGUAUGUAACACUUGUGCAUUUAAGUGCCGUCAUACAGCUGUUGUGCAGUAUUUACGUUGUUGUUAUGUUUCCAAAAUGGAGAUAUUAAAACUUCCUUACAUUUAUGUGUUAAUAAUAACACUAUGUUACCUUAAAACGACCAUACAAUGUGUGUCCACACCAGAACGAGGUCGCCGGUCGGUCUGCAACACUCAGGCACUAGACGUACCCAACGGGAACAUGGGUGCCACGUUUACAUGUGAUCAUGGAUUCACGCGGCUUGGGCCGCCCUCGAUCGCCUGCAUGAGCGGGCAGUGGACGCCCCCGCCACCUUUAUGUGUAGCUCCCACGUGCCGGAAGCCAUUACCACGCCCACAUCUACGUGUUCGUGCGGAGGUGGGAGACGCGCUGCUCAAGUUUUCAUGCGAUGUCAACUUCCGAUUAAACGGCGCCUACCAGGUCACGUGCAACGGAUUCACGUGGAGCGAGGACAUCCCUCGCGUGGAAGCCGCCGACGGCGUGCGAAUUCGAGGCGGUGGACCUGUGUGGGUGGAACCAGAACGACGCGGACCACGAGGAGUGGAUCUGGCACACUGGAAGAACGCCCACCAAGAGGACCGGACCCGAUCACGACCACACUUUAGGGUCACAGGGAACGGUUGGGUGCUGAGUCCUUCACACGCUGUCACGAAGAUUUACAGCACAAAACAAGGACUAUGCAAGCGACUGACUUCAACGUCUAUGUGUAUAAUGAAUUCCAUCAAUGAAGCCUUUGAAAAAAGCGGGCCAUACCCAAGUCUUUGCCUGUGGGAAUGUGGUGUACAACAGGAGGUCAGAUGGCAUUCCAUGAUGGAAUUACAUCUAUUACCAAAUUCAGCUGGUCAAAAGUGCUCUUUACCAUCCACAGACAGUAUUUGGCAGACUAGGAACAAGAAAUUCCACUUAAUGUAAUAGCGGUUUGGUUGUGCAUGAACAGCAAAUGCAUCCGGUGCUGGUUUGUUAACAUGCAGGGGCUGCCACUAUCUUCCUUUAGGAUAACAAGGAUGUCAGUUUCCAGCAAAAUAAUCCAGGAAGAACCCCAGGUCUUACUGUUAAGGAACGCAAUGAGGUUGUGACCAUUAGGCUCAAAGCUGUGGAGAAAGAUGUCUGGCCAGGAGACAUACUGAUGUUAUGCUUUACUGAUGUUGUUGCCAACACCUACAAACCAUUCAUUACAACUACCACAACGAACAAUGUACUGAUAAUGCAGAAAAUCUGAGCUACCUUUGUGAAAGAGGCCAAGAGAGGAUUGGAUGGUGGAGUUUCAGAUGACACAAUGCUGACUGUUUCCACCCAGCUGAUUUUGCUUCCUACUGGCAGCAGAAGGAAGUCUUCACUUUUAUUUUAAACAAUUAAGUUUUAUUGCCACCAAUAUGUCAAGAUAACAUGUAACUGAAAAGAUUGAAAUUACACCAACUUCCUUCAUUAACACAAACUAUCUGUGUACCUGGACUAUCAGCUUGAACAGUAUACUACUUCAACUACCAUUUCCUCAUAUUCAAACAUUACUAGAAAGGUCUGAAAGGCAAUCAUGCUAUCUUCAGUGAUAAAGGUAGAAUGAUAAACUCUUGUGUUAUAAAUUCUGCUGCAACUUGAGAUCACCAGUAUGUACAGACAUUGCCAAAUUUAUUGCAUUUAUUACUUGUGUCUAAUCAGUGCUUUAUGCAUAGAUAUUGUACUUGAAGUUAACUAUGAUUUUAUUAAGAUGCGAUUUUUCACUCUGUAUUGAUGUUCACAUACUUCAAUUUCUGUUGCUAUACCAGUGCCACUUACAGAUAAUCUAGAUUAAUUUGUUUUUUAUUUAUUUCUACCACUGUUGUCUAUGAUCAUUUUCAUAUCAUAUAGUUAGUACACUUCAUUAUAUACAAGGCAGUCAAUGUCUAAUUUCCUAUAACAACUCAUCAAUAAGCCUUUUGACAUUUCUGCUUUCAAUUGUCUUUAUAUUUUUCAUUAACAUUUCUUUCUAAGUUUGAAGCCUGAUCACUGUUAAAAAACAGGCUCUACUUUAUGGCUGCCUAGAAAUGUCUUACAAAUUGAUAAUUAUUUAAAAUACCAAUAACCUAAUGCCCUUAUGGAAACAUAGUCCAAACAUUCCUCAACGGCUAUGAAAUUAUUUUUGAACAAACCUUUUUGCUGUUUACAGCCUGUAAAAAAUUAAGAUUUUCCCCCAACCAAAUGCACUGCUUAACCUAUUAUAAAAGUAAUGCAAUUCAUGGAAGAUGAUACCAUUGCAAGAUGAAAAAAACUGUCCAAAACUUUAAAGGAAUUUAUAUCUUCGUGUACAUUUCAAUUGAGUUUUUGGACCGAGUAAAUCCUAGUUAUUUUAAAAAAUAUCUUCUGAGUGUGUCUUGUAUAAAUCACAGGACCCCCACAUGCUAUUCUUUAGUGUAUACACACAGCUGAGACAGGGAUAGAAUUUUUUAUUUUUUUCAUUUAAAAUAUUGCAAUUUUGACCUCAUACUAGCCCUUAUUCAUAAGUUCAGUCUUGUUUUAAGGAAAAAUUGAACUUGCUGAUUUUGGUACUUUUGGUUCAUCCCCAAUUGAUCUAAUAAACCCUGGUUUAAUAUUGAUCAUUAUGGAGAAAUAAAGACAUACUUAAGUCUUUAUAUGUAAUGUUAAUUGGGCUCAAUUUCAGACCUGUUCAGAUUAUGAAAUAAAAUACUGCAUUAUAACUUUUAUUAAAUCAUAGACCAACUAUAAAAACGCACAAAAGAGAAUGUUCCUUUUCAUAUACCUUGUUCUUAUUUUUCUGAAAUUGAACUGCUGGUGUUUAGGCAUUGGUCUAUGACAGGUGUGGUUGACUGUUGAUAUGUAAAUUUAACCAGCUACGAUAACAACAUCAUAUGCAUACACCACUGUCAGCAUUUUAACUGCUUCAGCUAAUGAAGAACUUCCAAUAGCUAUACUCUUAUAUUAGCUGCCAUUAUAAAUAAUAUUCAACAUUUGAUUGUUUAAAUCUAUUUUGUAUUACAUUUUUCCUUUGAGAUUCAUUAAAAACAUUUACAACCUAUCAAUAAAAUUUAUAUCCGUUAUGCACUUCAGUGUUCAUGUUUUGUGGUUUCCUUCUUACCAAAGCCAAAAAGUUGUUGUCAUAGCCUAUUAGUUGUUAGUUACCCAAUUUUUUAACAUUGCCAUGCUUAAGCUAGGCCUGCUUCCAUUUCCCGACUCCUUGUUGCUGUA